AUGUCCUCGCCGCCCUAUAAUGCCCUCACGCUCUACACGGCUGGAACCCCCAAUGGCCUGAAACCCACCAUGGUGCUCGAGGAACUGGGCCUCAAGUAUGACGUCCGCGCCAUCAACAUCAUGACGAACGAACAAAAGGAGCCUUGGUUCCUCGAAAUCAACCCCAAUGGCCGCAUCCCCGCGCUCAAGGAUGGUGACUUGCGGGUAUUUGAGAGUGGCGCCAUCAUGCUGUAUUUGACCGAUCUGUACGACAAGGAGAAGAAGUUCACGUACGAGUACGGGAGCGGGCUUUAUUAUGAGAUGAUGAGCUGGUUGAUGUUCCAGAUGGGUGGCAUUGGCCCGAUGCAAGGCCAAGCCAACCACUUCCGCGCCAUGGCACCGGUGUAUUCUGCCUACGGCAUCAAACGCUAUCUCGACGAGACCAAGCGCCUGUACGGCGUACUGGAAAUCCGCCUGUCCAAGGCCGACUGGCUGGCCGGGGACAAGUACACCAUCGCCGACAUGGCGAACUACUCCUGGGUCCGCGCGGGAGCAUUCUUGGACAUCGACAUGAACGAGUUCCCGGGCGUGAGCAAGUGGGUGAAGCGCAUCGACGAGCGGCCUGCCGUGCAGAAAGCCAGGAAGAUCCCGGACACGAACCGCAGUGACGAGGAGCUGGUGAAGAUGUUUGCAGGCAUGAAGGCUCGUGUGGAUGCCUUGAAGGGCACGGACAAGGACGAGCCCUCGAAGAUAUAA